UUUCAGCCCUAGCCUCUCCCAUCGCACAUCAGCCUUCAUCUGUCAAGCCCGAUCUCAACCCUCACCCUCCAAGCCUCCAUCUCUCAAGGCCUCACCCUCCAUCUCUCCAAUCUCAAGCUAGCCCUUACCCUCCACUUCCAAACCUUUCGUCUCCAACCUCUUGACAUUUCAAAUCUUUGGUUGUUUCACACAGAAAGAGAGAGAGAGUGAAAUGCAGAGAGCCGAAGAGAAAGAGAUGGAAAAUGGUAGAGAUUUCCUAUCCCAUGCAGCUAUUAUGGGGUUUGUGGCUGGAGCAGCCAUAGUAAUUGGUCUUCAACAACUGAAGGGGUUUCUUGGGAUUAGUCACUUCACAAACAAGACUGAUAUAAUAUCUGUUGUGGAAGUAGUUCAUCAUCAUUGGAGUGCUCUUAAUUUUAUACUUUGGUGCUCAUUCCUGAGUUUCAUCCUAAUUACAAUAUAUGUGGUGAGUGCCAUAUCAUUCACUUCUUCCACAAACAAGAUACGUGGCAAGUUUUAUUGUUCACUUUUGAAAGGCCUUCAAGGACCUCCACCUGGAUAUGUAUUGCUGAUUUCAUUUCCUUGCUUCAACAUUUGUACAAGGCAUUUAAAGCUCUCUGGCACAUGCAUCUCAUUAAUGUUUGCUAACGAACCGGUCAUAUUUUAAUUAAUUCUUCAACUUUAAAACUUGCAUAUUCUUUCAUUAAUCAUAUUUAAUCAUUAUAAAAUUCAUAAGAAAGUUUUCAAGUCUACCGCCCAUUAAA